UUCUUCUUCCAACUUUACAGAGAUUCUAAGCGGCAGUUAUCAAAUAUGGCGUCGUCGUUCCGAGCAUUCUUGAACAGUCCAGUUGGUCCAAAAACAACUCACUUUUGGGGACCUGUUGCAAACUGGGGCUUCGUUGCCGCUGGAUUGGCGGAUAUGAACAAACCUCCAGAAAUGAUUUCUGGCAACAUGACAGCAGCAAUGUGCGUUUAUUCUGCAUUGUUUAUGAGAUUCGCAUGGAUGGUACAGCCUCGCAACUAUCUACUUUUGGCAUGCCAUGUCUCAAAUGAGACUGUCCAACUCUAUCAACUUUCUCGCUGGGCAAGGGGUCAGGGGUACUUUACCCAGAAGAAGGAUGAACCGGCGUCUGAGUAGCUUGCAGCUUCUUUCAUUCCCUUCCUGGUUCAUUGCCGAAAACAUAAGACACUGCCACCACCACCUACACUCCAUGUUCUUGAAGAACCAGUAGAAGCAACUUCAGCGGUUGGUUUAUUCACUUCACUUCGAAGGAUCUCAUGCUUGCAUUUCCUUUUGUUGUACCCAACAGUAGACAAUAAUUGAAAAAAGAUCCAUAACUGUAUGCACUGAGGGAACAAUACCCCUGAUUUUAAAUAAAUAAAAACUUCUGGAAGAAA